CAGAUAAGCGAUGGCUUCGAAUGGUAAGCGUGCCAGGAAGAUUGCGAAAAAAGAUUGAAAUACGGAAGCAGGAGAGGAAAACAACCACAAAUAUCUGCUCUUCAUCACUGACAGCUGCUUCAGGUCUUCCAAAUAAUACAGAAGCGAAGAAUACCGCUCACUUCGGCACCGUUCUUGGGAGUGUUCUAGGCACGGAGGAGCUGUUUUUUGCGGUUAGUCUCGAUUUGAGGCGUUCGAUCGUAUAGUCCAAGAACUGAGCUAUUCCACGACUGGGGAUGAGCCAGCAACCCAAUAUUCCUCAAGAGGUCAUCGAUUUUCACAUCAUCGGCAGACUAUCCCGGGACCAUAGGGCGUUGAGAGCUUGCGCCCUGGUCUGUCGUGCAUGGCGCGUUCCCGCUCAAAGCCGUCUCUUUUUCCACGUCGAACUCGGCUGCCCACUAGA